GCACGCCUCGGGCAGCGGGGAACUGCGACUGGAGCGAGGGGGACCGCAGGGGACCUGGGGCUCAGAAGGCGAGCCGUGCUGCUGUUGACGUCACACGCGGUGAGCGAGUCGACACGUCGCUGUCCUCACGGGGUUACUGACCGGCUUGACCUUUCAUGCGAUGAAAAUACGUGAAUCUUCCUAGAAUGUACUGACUGACGCAAUUGUAUGAUGAAAAUUAAUGACCCCCAUCUCUGGCCCUGCUUGGCACGGAGCCAGUUUGAGAUGUUUUGUUGGACCAGAGUUAAAUGAUUUCGUUUUAGUUCGUCUCGGAAUGGCCAGUGGAAAACCGCCUGCACCGCGAGUAGACCACGCUGUCACGACUCUUGAUGUGCCAUUCGGAAAGUGAUACGAGUGGGUUGGGGGUCUGAAUUUAAGUCUGGGUAGGGGUGGGUCCAGGUUUGGUUUGAAAUCUGGGCCGGGGUUGGCAUCGGGGUUGAGGUUAUGGCUGGUGCAGUGUUUGGGGUCUGGUUUGGGGCGGGGGACGAGGUUGGAGGAUGCGUUAGGGUUGAUCUCUCACUUGAUAUUGAGGGCCGGUUUAUGGCCAGGUUUAGAAUUGGAGGUUGAGUCUGGAUUGGGCUGGAUUGAGAUCUGGGUCUGAGAUGGGGUCUGAAUUUGUGUCCAUGUUACGGUUGUCGUUUGAGUUGUUGCCUAGGUUGGAUUGGGAUCUGGUUUGUAAUAUAGAUCUGAGCUGGCCUUUGCACAGGGUUCUGCUUCAAAUCCCAGGGCUCCCUAAGCACGAAGCGACCCUGGCAACGCAAGUGUGGGGAGGCAUGCAGGUUUCUGUUGUCUUGUUGCACAGAGCUCCCAUGUAUCCCCCUCUAUUCCUCAUCCUCCACAGUGGAUUUGGGGUUUUGUCUGUCCGAGCGGUUUCCCUUAACUCGAGGCCAGGCCCAUGCCUACUGCUGCUGUUGAGGAGGGCGAUUUGUCUUGGGCGUUUUGGGUUUAUGUAUCAAGGCUGUGAUUUGUCCACUGUCCCGAGCCCUUAUCAGGUCCAUAUUUGAAUGCCAGGACAAUAUGUUAUAGUCUCAGGUUAAGUCAUUUGAAUUCCAAGCCCCUGGUAGUGAAGUAUCACAGAAAGGUCAGUGGAACCUGAUCGCAUGGUGAUAUCCUCACAACUUAACCAUUGCCCUAUUUGCCUAUGACCGACCUCGUAAGCCUACCAAGCCUAACCCCUAUAACUAAAAAACCUAACUCUUACCCUGAACAAGGCUAACCUUUACUCUAACCCUAACUAAAAAAUGCGAGGCCUUACCGUAACCACCUGACCCUAAUAAGCUAGUCCUUAUGUUAGCCCUAACCUUUAACCCUCACACGCUAAGCUCUUUUUCACAUUUGACCAUAAUCUAAAAAAAUAUAACCUUUAAAUAAUAUCCUAACGUCUAACCUCACCCCUAAUCCUUGCAGGCCUUAGUUUUUCUCAGACCCAGACCUCUCGCAAGUUAAUCGCUUACCUCUAGCAAUAAAAACCCUGAAAAGAACAAUCUGUAAUUUAUUUUUAACCCACACAGUAAGGUCGUGGGCCAGCUUUGUUGACCUGCAAUGGGAUCUCGCUGUGCUUGACCCGUUGGUGUGAAAUUUGAUUCCAACCCCGAGGCUGGACUCAUUAAUUUGUGCAAUCUGAUUCCACGGGAUUGCCGUGUGCGUGAUGUCACUCGGAGUGUGCGGGGUGGCGGCGGUCGCGAUGCACGGGGCAGCAAAAUGGAUGGGGCCUGCCCCUAGGCUGCUGAGCAGGAGUUGAAGAUAGAAGACUCGGCGAGCGUUACGCGCCUCGUGGAUAUAUUGACGCCAGCAAAUGCACUCGCAGGGAGGCAUGCCAAGUCCCAGGAAAGUGAUUGUGUAGGGCCCUCUUCUCGCUGUGCCGUACCCUUGGUUUGUCUGCGCGAGCCUUCCCUAUCCUGUACACGGAACCCUAAGAAGCUAAGGUUUCAAACCGUUGAUUCCCAAUUAGCAUGUACCACUGCAUUGCGUUGAUGAAAAUAUAUUUUGAGCUCGUGACACAUCAUAUCUUGUGUGAGAAUCGAUUAUUCAAAAUUUGUACUUGUCCUUCCGCAGGACCUCCAAUUAGCACAGUUGGCUACGUACUACGGUACGGAAGAAGUUCAACAUACGUGCAAUAUGUGUAUUUUAUUGCGGACAAUUUGCUAAUUGUGCGAACAAAACUGUACAAUAAGACAUUAAAAAAGAGAAGCGGUGCAAACGAGACCGUGGAAACAAGAUGUGAAAUCGUUGAUUGUUGCAGCGAAUCACGACCCCAAACUAUGAAAAUGAAUCGAUUCGCUGUGGGGUGAGAAUCAUUACAUCGAUAAUUACGAAAUAAUUUAAUAUUGUUCAAAACCGUCAUCUUUGUGUGCUGUUCACUGACCACCACAAUGAAAUACAGGACGAGGUUUCCAGGGUUAGUUACUGUUUUAUUAUUUUCAUUUCAUUAACACUCAAUAGUCUUAAGGAAACAACAACAACCCUUACCCAAACUUUAACUAUAACAUUUCAAGUCUGGGAACUGUCCAUGUAGGACACACCCCACCGCCAGGCAGCCUCCCAUUGGAACAUCGCCCGGUGUGGCUGCACCUCCGCGUGUGGUGUGUGCAGAUCCAAUUGCUGCUGAUGUGAAAAUGCAUUUUGAGGUGAAAUCAUCGCCUGUGUCCCGAGUCGGCUCUUGCACAUGCAGCUAAUGUCUUCAGAGGAAUGCAUCUGUGUACAUGCAGGACGCAGUGGCCCGGAAAGGGAGGCGUGUGUAAUGGAAUGUUACGAGUCUGCAGCACACUUCGCCUUUGUGGUGUGUGCUCACUGAUGGUUUCACCGAGUAGAGGCGGCACCAUUAAAUCCGAUUUUUUUUUUCCCCUGAGCCGCGCAAGUUUAAAGUCAUUGUUACGGUUGACCUCGGCAUGCUGUUUACAAUCGUGCAAUCGAUACACAGAGGUAAUAGCCGCUUUUAAAAAUAGAUGUCGCCUCCAGCUAUCAUUUCUCCUCGAUUCAGCGUUGUGCAUUGGCCGUGUCGCCUGUCUGCAGCUUUCUCUCUAUCUCAAGGGUUCACCGAGGUCUCGGCGGAAGAAGGAAGGGCUCACGUGGUGACCCCCGCUAUCCUGCGGAGGGAGGGAGGGAGGGGGGGAGGAGAGAGGAGGGAGCAUGGAGCCCGGCUGCCAGGCCGACACCGCUAGCGUCGCCAGCGGCCGAGGACAGAAGCCGUGGGCGGAGCGUGGUGACGGCGCCACGACCGAAGCGGCUGAGGUGCCCGCCUGCAGCGUCGACGCAGCGCCCAAGCGGCAGGGCGCGCUCGCCAACAGCCAGCACGCGGUGCCGCCUCUGCCGGCCGGAUCCGACAUGGAGGUCAGCCAGGAGGAGUCGCUCCCGUCGUCCGUAGCGCAGGCCACCGACGACGUGCGUGGCGCUGGCGAGAGCGACGCGGGCUGCGACUCGGGCUCGCUGUCCCCGUCCUCCAGCCUGCAGUUUGGCGACUCGGAGACCGGCUCUUCUUCCGAAGACAACGCCGCCGCCGCCGCAACGUCCGCCGCCACGACCGCCGCCGCCAACGACAACGGCGGCGGCGGUGAAACGGCGAGCCGGCCGGCGGCGGCGGUGGCGGCGGCCGCGAGGCGGGGCGACGACGAGGACCCCACGACGCCCGGACGGGGCAGCCCCAGCGAGUCGAGCGGGGGCCACCGCAGGCCGCGACGAUCCCGCUCGGAGAGCGACCCGUCGGCCGUGGCCAGCAAGAAGAACCGUGCGUCGGGGAGCCCCGGCAAGAAGGUUUGGCUGCGGCGUGGACCCUGUCAGGCCCAGGUAAGCAACGCCGCUGGUGUCGCGGGCGCCGGCGGCGUCGGCGGAGGCGGCGUUGGUGGCAGCGGCGUUGGGAAACGGCGGAGCCAGCAGCAGAAGGAGCGCCUGCGGGAGCUGCGGCGCAAGCGCGAGGCGGCGGUGCAGCGCAAGCUGGCGAGCCUGCCCUACAGCAGCUCGUCAUCGUCCUCCUCCUCCUGCAGCUCCUCGUCCUCCAGCACCAGCCGCUCCAGCGGCGGCAGCGACAGCGACGCGCGAGGCCGCGUGCUCUCACCCGCGCAGCCGCCACUGGACGGUCCCCCCGUGGUGGUGUACAACGACCUCUCGGACAGCGACUCGGGAGUGGGGAAGCUGGCCAAGAAGGAGGCCCGCGUCGCGUCGGCCGGCGGCGAGGCCGGCGACCAGGGCAGCCUGGCGCUGGGGAUGUCCACGCUCGGCCAGGACCUGGGGAAGUGAGGCGGAAGGGGCGGACGCGGUCGAGCGGUGUACAAACUGACGAGGAAGGGGGGAUGGUGUAAAAUAAGUAAAUUUUUGUACUGUUCAUUUCUGAAGAUGCCUGCCGCGGUUACCAGACGGGUGAGGCGUGUACGACAAGUGAGAAAACCUUGCUUCACCCGAUAUGACAGUGUUCCUGUUUGCCUUAUUUAUUGGUACCUUUCCUUCUAGCAAAGUAAAUAUACCAGUAGAACUUUUCUGACACAUCUGUCCAAUCUGCCCUGCGUCAUGAAGCAUCGCUCGCUCUUGCAAGUGAAUAAAAUGCCAGAAACGGGACAUCGCGGGGGUUUUGCAGGGGGGGGUGUGGGGUUUGUAAACUCUCACACAUUUUGAAUGAAGUAUUAAACUGCCUGGAGUUGAGUUCUCGCAUCACGAGGAGUCGGGGUGGGGGGGCGGGGGUUACUUCAGAGAGAGAGGUUUGACUGAACAACAUUAUGGUUCAGGGGCCUUUCCAAAACAUCCCAUAACUCGUGAGUCUUGAUUGUUAAGUUAAAUUAAUGGUCGUUCAGCAGUGGUUAAACCGUUAACAGCCGAUGCCUACCGGUGAAGGUUUUAACUUGUUGGAGUGACACCAGCCGCCAGGGAUUCCAGUUGGCGUCGUUUAACUCGCAGCCUCGCCAAUGCUUUACCCCCAAAGCCACCCGGGAGUUUGUUCAACAACGGCGCAUCCAACUCGCGCAAUUGAAGCGAUCACGUAACAAUCCACUUCUCUUUCAUAUGGCAGGAUGGAAAAGCAACCGUUUUGAAACGUGUUAUAGUUGAGUGCGAAGUUUGUUUUUGAACCAAUCCAAGGAGCCAGUAGACGCUGUAACAACUUAACGUCAGUCAUAUAUCAAAAAUACAGCUAGGCCAGAAAGUUGUCAAUUCUCUGAAACUUAUAUUUGACGUUUUUUACACGCGAGAGUGUGUAAUUGGUUUGUAAGCUAAGAGAGAUGUAGAGAUGAUGAUAAUGAAUGGCAGUCUUGUCUCAUCUUGAUAGGCACCCAGGGCGGUUGGGAAUGUGAUCGCUCAGGACUUACAAGUUGGGGCACCCAGCAUCUCAUUAACAAGGGACAAAGAUUCGACUGCUGCAAGGAGGGUCACGUUUGCUGGCACGUUCAACUUCGCCCCCCAAUCCGCACCCUCAUUUCACGCUUCCCCAUCCCCGGCGCAUUAUCUCGUAAUUCACGCGUGUCAUCUGGAAUGUUGGUGUGGGGUCGUCCUUAGGUUUGGAAACUAAGCUGUGCACCACAUAACUGGCCACUCGAUGUCAAAAUCACCGAGGAUGCGAUCGACCUCGUCAGAUUUAGGACUCUAUGCACGAGUUGAGCCUCGAUGCGUUGCUUGCAUGAGAGAAACCGCCAUACACAAACGGCAGGCGCUGGGCGCAGCGGAAUCCACAGUCCUACCGAAACCACGCUCCGCUCACGCGUACACGCGCUCCCGCCUUCAACCCACAAGGAGCCGUACCGUGUGGGGCAAGUGGAUUGACACUAGGGGCUGUGCGUGUAGUGUGUGCGUGUGUCUGUACCCUCCACUCACCUGGACGGGUUUCCGCGCCGAUCUCCACCACUCUCGGCGGGUUGGGGAAAUGCCGCACACUGCUGCCGACUGCCAUCUCCUUGCAGCGGUCGUCUGCGAUGUCUCGCUUGUUACAUCAAUGGCUCCUUGUCCCGGCUUGUUGUCAUGAGCAUGUCUGAUUUGGUUGAAUUGCUGAGUCGCUUACUGGCAUGCAGUCUGGGAGGUCUAAAGUUGAUGCUUCACACCUCCAACGAAGACUUAGCGAAGCUAAGGGGCUUAACAAAGGAGUAUAGUGUACUUACAAACAUCACUCCAGCAUCUUCUUGGUUAUUUUGGUAAAGUCACGUAGAAUGGAAAUAAUAAAAUAAUAAAAAUAAAACAUUAAAUAAUUCUCACGACGUUUCGGCCACAACGCAAGCAGCCUUCCUCAGGUGAAGAACAGGUCUGUCGAUAAGACAGAGUCUAAAUGACAGACCU